AUUAACCGGAAGUUGGUAUUCUUUGAAGUCGUACUUGUGUUGAUUGAGAAAAUGGGAAAAGAAAAGGGAGGUUUCCUCACCCCUAAAGCGAUAGCGAAUAGAAUCAAGUCCAAGGGCCUACAGAAAUUGAGAUGGUUUUGUCAAAUGUGUCAAAAACAGUGUCGUGACGAGAAUGGCUUCAAGUGUCACAUGAUGUCAGAAUCUCACCAGAGACAACUGUUGUUAUUUGCAGAAAAUCCGGAUAAAUACAUUGAUGACUUUUCAGAGCAAUUUGCAAAUGAGUAUCUGGAGUUAUUGAGUCGUAGAUUCAACACAAAGCGUGUCCAUGCCAACAUUGUGUACCAGGAGUAUAUAGCCUACAGGGAGCAUGUUCAUAUGAAUUCCACACAAUGGGAAACACUCACAGAAUUUGUCAAGUGGCUUGGAAAAGAAGGAAAGUGUGUAGUAGAUGAAACAGAAAAAGGAUGGUUUGUGGCAUAUAUUGACCGAAACCCUGAGACAAUACGCAAACAGGAACAGGUGAAAGCUAAGGAGAAGAUGGACUUAACAGAUGAAGAGAGGACAUCAAAAUUUAUACAGCAACAGAUUGAGCGUGCUGCUGAGAAGGACAGCACAUCCAAAGCAGCAGAAUUUACUGAACUGAAGAGGGAAAAUGAAGAAGAGAAAGUAACUAUGAGUCUCUCCGGUCUAGUAAAGAAGAAGGAGGAAAAAGUCAAAGUCAGUACUGAUAAUCUUUUUACAAAACCAGUAGACACCUCUGUCACUAAAAUUGGGGAAAGCAGUACAUCCAGUGUUACCAGGGAAACUUCAAAACCCAAACUGGCAGGACAGAAACGGAAAUCAGCCCUGGAUGAAAUUAUGGAGUUUGAAGAGCAGAAGAAGGAGAAAAUGAACAGAAAAGAUUACUGGCUACAUGAAGGCAUUAUAGUAAAGGUUGUCACAAAGAAACUCGGGGAUAAGUACUACAAGAAAAAGGCUUUUGUAAAGGAAGUGAUUGAUCUGUACAAGGCUGUGAUAAAGAUGAUAGACAGUGGUGACAAAAUGAAAGUUGAUCAGACACACUUGGAGACUGUCAUACCAGCUAUAGGUAAAACGGUCAUAAUUGUAAAUGGAGCGUAUCGAGGAUAUGAAGCCAUACUAGAAAGCAUUAAAGAGAGGAAGUUUUGUUGUACAGUGUCCAUCAAAUCGGGUCCAUUAAAGGGGAGGAUGAUUGAUAAUAUAAAAUAUGAAGAUAUAAGUAAAAUUUAUCAGCCAUCCUGAGGAGAAUGAACAGUAGACGAGAAAUAUUGAGGAUGAUGAAACAGUGAAUACUCAUAUCGCAUAUGAGGAAGGUAUCAGCACCCAGCUGUUUAACAAGAAUUGCUGGAGAAAAAGUAGAGAAACAGCCAAAAAUGAAUGGCUAUGGAAUGAAGUUACUGCACUCUAUAAAUGAUCCAGUCAUAAUUGCAUGCAGGCGAUAUUAAAGAGUGCCUUCAACAGAAAAUGCAAGAAAAUUUUUUUUAUUAUAAACCUCCAGCUAUAAAGUUACAUCAGUGGUCAUACCUGCCUUCCAAACCACUUGGAAGAGUAUUAUUUAUAGAACUUUUAUCAAAUAGAACAUUCUGUAGAAUAUCACAGACAAAUACCCAUAGACGCUCCUCAGUUUAGCAUUCUACUCUCACAAAGGAACGCUAACAUUCACUCCAAAUAAUACCUUGGCAGUAUACCCAAUACCUUAGCAGUAUACCCAAUACCUUGGCAGUAUACCCAAUACCUUGGCAGUAUACCCAAUACCUUGGCAGUAUACUUAAUACCUUGGCAGUAUACUUAAUACCUUGGCAGUAUACCCAAUACCUUGGCAGUAUACCCAAUACCUUGGCAGUACACCCAAUACAUUGGCAGUACACCCAAUACCUUGGCAGUACACCCAAUACAUUGGCAGUACACCCAAUACCUUGGCAGUAUACCCAAUACCUUGGCAGUAUACCCAAUACCUUGGCAGUAUACCCAAUACCUUGGCAGUAUACUUAAUACCUUGGCAGUAUACCCAAUACCUUGGCAGUAUACCCAAUACAUUGGCAGUGUACUUAAUACCUUGGCAGUAUACCCAAUACCUUGGCAGUAUACCCAAUACCUUGGCAGUAUACCCAAUACCUUGGCAGUAUACCUAAUAGCAAGUGAUUGUCAAAUUACUAUUUAUCUGAGGAAACAAGUGAAUUUCUACAUAACAAGUAGUGUAUGUACAGUCGUUUGUAGGUCUACUGACUUUUUAUGAAGCAAGUGAGAAAGUGGAUGAUUACCAUGAAGAGGAGGAGAAUGUGUAUGGAGUAAUUUAAUAUUAUAUUCAGAUUUUAAUGAAUGUGUUGUGUAUUUCUAAAUUGGUUGCACUUAUAAGUGAGAAGCAUGUGAGGUAUGGAAUUUCAUUGAUUGAAAUCAUUUGUGGGUGUGUAUAAAUGUACUGUAUAUUUAUUGCUGAGGGCUAUUCCAGUAAAAUAUAUGUGAUAUGGUGGAAUUUCCAAAAUAAAGAAAUUUUAUACAUGGUGGGUGCUGGAGAAAAUGUGUCUUAUUAUAGGUUCUGUUUUAAUUAAAUCACUUUAGUUGGAGAUUCCGGUGUACAAACCUGGAGUCCUGCUGUUGUGUAGAUAUAGAUCUUUAACUGAAAAUGCUCUGGUUUUUACAGAAUUAUAUCAAACGUUAUCAUACAUGUACAUGAUUAGAUACAUCAUUUCAUUAAAUGCAUCGAUUCAUGUAACAUGCAGUAAAAUGUCAUGUCAAAAUCAUUAAAUUUUGAUAUUAAUGUGAAGAAUAAAUGUGUUAAGAAC